GUUGGUAUUUUUUUUAUUUAAUUAAAAUUUGAGUAAAAGCUAUAAAUAAACAAAUAUUGGUUUGAACCGUCACAAAGUCCAGCAAAAUGAACGGGUUUUUCGAGAGAAUAAUCGAAAAAUACUCAAAAACCGCUGGAGUAAGAACCGAAGUCGACAGAAUUACCACAGUAGCACUUAUAUUACAACGAAUUUUCGGACAGCAAGUUCUCGACCCAGAGUGGACGUGGAAAAAUUAUUUCGUUCAUCAAUUGCUGAAUCUAAUUUUGUUUGUGUAUGUUUUCUUUGGCACCUUGGAAUGUUUGAAGAUGACUAAUGACGCUGAGCUUGUGGCUGAGGCGUGCUACACUCUCAUCAUGAUUGGCAUAUUCCCAUUAAAGAUGCUACUCUUUAUCAGCAACAGAUUUACUUUCAGAGAUCUUUAUGUGAAAGCUAAAACGACUCUUAUUACAAUCAUCCAAUCAGAUUCCGUCGUCAAAGUAAACAAUGUUCUUCAAACUAGUGGAAAAAUCGUUUACGUUCUAUUUUUUAUGGUAUUAGUACCUUGUUCGAUCUAUGAGCUGACAACUCUUUGGAAUUAUGUCAAUGGAAAAAGGAUUUUGCUGUCUAGGUCGACAUUGACUUUGAUGCCAAUGGUCACGCCAUUUUACGAAAUUGCUUGGUUCCUCCACAGUAUAUUUUUGUUCGAAAUUUCGUCAACUAUCAUCCUUGACAUGUGGUUCGUCUUAUUGAUUCACUUUUUGUGUUACGCAAUUGACAGUUUAGCGGAGAUAUUAAAAGUACCAGCGAGAGAUCAUUAUGAAACCAAGUCCUCAUAUGCGAAGCGUCUUAAUAACAGUCUACGUAAAUUUUACAAAACUCACAUCAAGCUAGUUGAGUAUAUGAACGCGUUAAGUAAUAUGUACAAGUGGCUUGCAUUUGUUCCACUUUGCAAUGCUGCGAUGUGCACUUGUCUUAUUUUACUCUUGAUGAGCAAGGAAAUUAAUUGGAGAUUUGCCCCUCAUCUGUUGCCCAUGUUUGCUGAGAUAUUAGCGUACAACUGGUUUGGAGAACAAAUUAAAAUGAAGGCGGAAGAACUUCACAAAAGUGUAAUUAAUUUUGAUUGGAGAAAUCUAGAAUUGAAAGAUCAAAAAUGUUAUUAUAUAAUAGUAACUUAUAUAAAAAAAGAAGUGGCCAUCAAAACUGCAGUUGGGAAUGAUUUGUCGCUGAUAACUAUGACUUCUGUACUCAAAGUCAGCUACCAAGCCUUCACUGUUUUACAAACCAUAGAUAACUAGUCCUGUUCUUAAAACACCCACGUGCUUAUAAAAUUCUCAGUAGCAGCCCUGGGUCUGGAAGUUGGAAGUGUGUACACUCCUGUGCCUCGGAAAUUAUUACCGUCCUAUCGGAUUAUGAGAGUGAGUGAGAGCACUAUAAUAUCUCCUGUGCAGUUGGCUUAUCUCUCUUGAGAUUGGCCGCCGUGGCCGAAAUAAAUCUGGAGGACCUUAAUGUAGUCUAUACUUUUCACAUUAAAUAAACUAAUGAUUUUGAGUUUUUUACUUGACGGUACGGGCUU